AUGCCCAUUAUUCCUGCAAUGAGAACCGGCGUGUAUGGUGGAAGCAGAUCGCAUGGCGACCUCCACAGCCUAGAUAUCAUCGAGGACAGGUCCUGCCGGGGAAGGUCUGGUCUUCCUGCGAGAUAUCAGAAAGGAAGGUUCCUGGGCAAGGGCGGCUUCGCAAAGUGCUACGAAGUCCAAGACCUCGAGACCAAAGAGAUCUUUGCAGCCAAGAUUGUCUCGAAGGCGUCCAUCACGAAGCCCCGUGCACAUGCCAAGCUCAGGUCAGAGAUUGCCAUACAUCGGGAGCUUUGCCAUGACAAGGUUGUCAAGUUCUACGACUACUUCGAGGACGCCGACCACGUCUACAUCAUGCUGGAGCUCUGUGCAAACCAGACUCUGAACGAAUUCAUGAGGCGCCGUCCCCCUAAACGGCUUGCAGAACCAGAGGCGAUUUUUUACGUCUACGAGCUCAUCCUCGCUUUGCAGUACCUGCAUCGUCGACGAGUCAUUCACAGGGAUUUGAAGUUGGGCAACCUAUUCCUUGACCACUCCAUGCGAUUGAAGGUGGGUGACUUUGGCCUAGCGGCACAGCUCGAAUACGAUGGAGAGAGGAAGCGUACUAUCUGUGGCACUCCGAACUACAUUGCACCUGAAAUCUUGGAAGGCAAGUACGGGCACUCGUUUGAG